AUUUAGUAACCGGAUCUAGUUAUUCUUGGAAAAGGCCUACAUUAAUCUGCCUACGCCAUCGAAAUCUUCCAUAUACGGAUUUAUGUGUUACAGUUGCACAUGUUAUCGAUUAAUAUCUAUUUAUAUCAUUUAUUUACUAUAUUUAAAAAUCUAUAAAUAAACAAGUACAUUUAAGAGAGUGUUCAGUAUUUUAAAGUUAGGGUGAUAAUAAAGAUGUGAAUGAUUGUUCUGUGUCAUAGUCAACUGUACUCUGUAAUUAUGUCUGUGAUUUACAAGGGAACGGCUACAGAAGAGCAAGCUUUUGGAAACUUUUGUACAAGAGUUAACGAAAUGAUAUCUGACGAAGAACUGGAUGUUAUGAAGCAGUGUGUUAAAGAUUACUUUGGCGAAGAGUUAAUGGAUAUUCAGACGUUUCCGUUGCUCAUACAAGAGUUAAUCGGGAAAAAGCAUCUUUCUAGUUCAAAUUUGGCAUUACUUAAAGAAAUGUUGUACAGCGUCGGUAGAAAAGACCUUAUUAGAUUGGCAAUAGAAGACAAAGAUAUAAAAACAAACAACAGAAAAACAAAAUACGUGGACACAGACAUAGAGCGUGUGUCAAUAACAGUCCGGAUUGAGUUUUCGUCGUGCACAGAUGACCAUAUGCGGGAGUUGUUGCGGAAACUGUCUGAUCUGGUGUUUGCACCAGCUAAUCACAUUAAAGUAAAUCGGAUUGAACAACUAUCUGCAGGAGGAUUUAUAUGUGUUCUGGGGAUUGAUAAAAUCUAUGCAGAUAUUUUGCAACCCUAUCUUGAAUACGAUGAUGAUAACAGUGGACUGAACUAUUGUGCUAUUGUGGGUGACGAAUGUUUUCAUCUGUAACACAACGUACAAAAU